AUGAACCCACACAAUUCUCCUGGUCGUGACAGUCAUGCUGCUGAGCGACUCAGUAGCAUUGAUAGUUUCGGCCAAGCAGUCCAAUGUCCAAUCUGCUCUAAUCUUUUCAACAGCGCAGAGGAUAUCUGUGCUCAUCUUUCUGAUGAUCCAGGAUGUUCUCACCGAUUGAUCCCCCCUCCAAUUGCAUUCCGCAUCCCCCAAGCAUCAGAAGAUCGGCCACGACAAGGGCGAUUCCAUCAUUCGUCAGGUUACAUUUAUAAGCUUGGUCAGCCCAAUACAUUCAAGCGGAUGGAGCAGGACGAUUUCGAGCCGAUGCGUAAACACAAUGUCUAUUACCCCUUCUCAGAUACAGCAGAGUGGGAGCUCGCAAAAUUUCUAUGUGACAACUUGAACCAGGGGCAGAUUACCAGGUUUUUAAAGCUUCUCUGGGUGGUCGCAGAGGCGAAGCGGCCACUGUCUUUUAAGACCGCAAAGCAACUCUUCACAUUCAUGGACGCAUUACCAAAGGUUCCUCAAUGGCGGUGUACACCCAUGCAUACUGAUGGAUAUGUGACUACUCAUCCUGUGAAUCUCAUCUGGCGAGAUGCCCUCGAAGUUGUUCACCAUAUCUUUGGCAAUCCGAUCUUUGCCAACCACAUGGAAUACGACCCUUACGAAAUAAACGAUGAUGGUGAGCGUGAAUACAGAGAAUGGAUGUCGUGUGAACACGUGUUUGAAAUUCAAGAUAAGUUGCCAAUCGGCGCAACUAUAGUGCCUAUAAUUCUCGCUUCAGACAAGACUCCAGUAACUCGACACACCGGCUCACUUGAGAUGCACCCAACGUUUCUCACAAUCGGCAACAUCCACUCUGAGAUCCGUAUGAAGGCAACCUCGCAUGCAUGGGAGUGCGUUGCAUAUAUCCUGAGUCCGGAAUACAUCACAAAUAGUGAUUACGCAGGAUUGUUGGAAGCACGCUUCUGGCAUAGUUGCAUGGGCAUGGUGUUCGAAAAGCUGAAGAUCGCUUCUCAUAUGGGUGAAUUAAUGGUAGACCCGAUGGGAUGCCAGUGCUAUGCAUUCACACCGCUCAUCGCCCACAUUGCCGACCUUCCUGAACAACUCAUGAUCUCCUGCGUCUCGAAAAGUGUCUCACCAACGACGUUAGCCACACUUGCACAAUUUGACGACGGCAUCACACACCCUCCCCGUAAUGGCAUGUCUACAUUACUGCAGCUGCAUGAGAUUGGCAAGGUUUUCGAUCCCUGGAAGUUCCGGGAAUUCCAGGAGGCAGCAAAGAAGGUGUCCCUCAGCGGCGUUCACAAACCGUUUUGGCGUGACUGGAAGUUUGCUGACCCUGCGGUUUUCCUUGUCCCCAAGAUACUGCACACAGGCCACAAAUUUUUCUUUGAUCACAUACUGAAGUGGUGCAAGGAGGUGAUAGGCGCUAAUGAGCUGGAUGCUCGGUUCCGCAGCCAGCAUAAACGUGUUGGCACACGUCAUUUCACUGAUGGCGUCUCUCAUGUUAACCAGAUGACUGGACGUGAACAUCGCGAUAUCCAGCGAACCCUUGUCCCCACUAUUGUGGGUGUGACAUCCCCUGGAUUCACUCGCGCAGUCCGUGCGCUUAUAGAUUUCAUAUACAAAGCACAGGCUCCUACCUUCACCGACUCGUCCAUUAACAGCAUGUCUGACUCCCUGCGCGAAUUUCAUACCUACAAACACUUCAUCUUAGAGGCACAGGCUCGCACGGGAACCUCUGGUCCAAUAGCUCAUUUUCGGAUCCCAAAACUCGAGCUCUUCAACUCCUUCGCACGUUCUAUUCAUAAAUCAGGAGCCAUAAUCCAAUAUUCCGCAGAUGUCAGUGAACGGCUGUUGAUCACACAUUGCAAGACACCAUUCCAACGGACAAGUCACCAAUGGGCCACAUUCACUCAGCAGGUUGUCAACAUCAUUCAUCGCCAGGACGUGAUGCGACAAUUCGACUUCUACGCCCUCCUUCGUGAACAGGGGAUGUCUCUCGUCAACGUUAUGGAUGACGAGUUUGAUGAAGUCAUUGAUAUGGACCCGACGUUCAGUUGGAUAGCGCGUGUUGCGCCACAGGAAAUGCAACGUUUUCAAGCCAUUCGUCCUGUUUGCAAUCAUUUUCUCAAGGGACUACUUUCAGACGAAGCCAAUGCUGCCUUCCACGUUACAAUUGCCCACGAUCUUGCAGAUCGUUCUGCCACCGCUCUUGCUCAACUAUACCAUCUCCCAAAUUUUCCACAUAUCCUUUCACAAUAUCUCGAUGGUGUCUCAGGUCGCAACUCGCCGUUUCAUAGUCGCUUGCUCAAAGUCUGGUUCAAAUUCAGACUGCAGCUCCAUUCUCGACUCCGUCCAUGUAAUAUCAUGCCGAGCCAGCAGGUUCAGGCCAUUCCACCAUCCAAUACUUAUCCUUAUGGAUACUGCAAUAUUGUCCUUCUUCAACCUACGGGUGCUAACCCGCAGUCUACGCCAUGCAUUGCUCAAGUUAGAAUGGUUUUCGCACUGUCAACACGAGGGUCGCAGCUGCCAGUCCAGCUCAAGGAUCCUUUUCUGUAUGUUCAGCUAUUCAAAGUAACUGCGCUCCCUGAAGCUGAGCCGCACAUUGCCAUGUACCGAGUUCUACGUUCGUUUUAUACAGCGCCUGAUGGUUCUCGCACAAGGAUCGGGAAGAUAGUACGCCUUGUCGAUGUCACACACGCUGUAGAACUGAUACCAAUCUAUGGAACGACAUUGGAUCGCUCUGUCACCUCAGUGACAUCUCUUGAACGCUACGAUGAUUUUUAUCUCAAUUCAUUCUCUGAUAAAGAGUGGUACCACACACUGCACGCAGAUUAUAUCUAG